AUGUCCGAAUCAGAAGAGAUCAGUCAAUAUCAGGAGAUAAGCAGUGAUGAAGAAAUGAUUCGUCCUGAAAUCACUGAUGCUAGCUCAGACAAUGGUGAUGGUUAUACUGAUAGUGAUGAUAGUGAUAGCGAUGAUACUGAAACUACAGAGAAUUAUGUUGAAGGGUUAGAGGAGAUGAAGAGUGCUGAAGAGGAAUUAGGGUUAGAGCAUGAAAUAAAUCCACAGGAUGAUAAUAUGAUCCAAAAUAAUGAAUAUGCUCCGUUCAUCACAAAUAAUCCUCAGUCUCUUCGGCAUUCUCCUCAGAGCGAGGCUGAUUCAGUGUCAUCAUCAAGCAUUCCUUUGGAAAUAAAUGAUCGAGCUAGUGACCUUCUAAUGGCAGUCUCAAUUGGUGCUGAUGUAAACAAGACAAAAAUCAUUGAGAUGGCUGUUUCAGCAAUGGAUGAGCUAGUAAGAAAGGCCCUUGCAGGAGGACCUCUAUGGCAGCACCGAAAAGAUUGUGACCUUGAGAUUCUAAAUGAAGCCGAAUAUAUAAGAGAAUUCCGUGAAUUUGAUGCAAGUCUAGGAGAGCUAAUGAGAAUGGUUGGGAUGGAAGAGCCUCAGCAUUUUGCAAACUUAUAUCAGAACAAUCGAUACACCAAUGGAGCACAGUGCAAACCCAUGUUUCAACAAGAUGCUGAAAAAGAUUUCCUUCAAACCGAAGCUUCACGACAUAUAGGGUUUGUUCGAAUGGAUGCAGCCAGCAUUGUUGAAUGCCUCAUGGAUUUGAAGCAGUGGUCAUCAGUUUUUUCUAAUAUUGUAUCUAGAGCAACGAUACUUGGAGUCUUAUCAAGGGGAGCAGCUGGGAACUAUAACGAAACGUUACAAGUGAAUCCAAUACUGUUGAUUUCUGUAGUUAGAAUUGAGUUCAUACUUGCAAUGGGAGCUGCUAUCUAUCACAUUGAAACGCAAUUAUUUGCAAGGAAUCUUCAAAUGAAGGCAGAAUUUCAUAUGCCUACUCCACUUGUUUAUAUUCGAGAGAGUCAGUUUGCAAGGUAUUGCAAGCAGUUUGGACCUGGAGCUUGGGGAGUUGUUGAUGUAUCGUUGGACAGUUUAUUCCCUUAUCCAGUUGUAAGUUUUCGGAGAAGACCAUCAGGUUGUUUAAUCGUAGAAAUGCCGGAUGGAUACUCUAAGGUUAUUUGGGUUGAGCAUGUGGAAGUGGACAAUAAAUCUGUCCAUAGAAUAUUUUGGCCAAUUGUUCUCCCUGGUUUUGCAUUUAGCGCAAUGCGUUGGGUUGCCAGCUUAGUCCGACAUUGUGAACCAAUUGGAAAUAUAAGCUCUACUGUCUUUGAUAGUGAAACAAUACCCAGAAAUGGGAAAACAAGUUUUUUGAGGCUGGCUGGUAGAAUGAUGAGAAGCUUUUAUCAAGACACCAGUGCUUCUACUGACAAUUUCUGGAUCCGAAUACCUUAUGGUGGUGCUGAAGAUUUUAGGUUAAUGACCAAGACUAUUUAUGCUCUCAAUGGAAGGCCUAGUACGACGUUAGUUUUCACAACAUCUCUUUCGAUUCCAGCUCCACCGAAGAGAGUAUUCGAUUUUCUUCGUAACGGUGAUUCUAGAAACAAGUGGGAUUUGCUUGCCCGUGGAUAUGCAAUUCAAGAGAUUAUGCAUAUCAUCAAGGGAGAAAGUCCGGAAAAUCGUGUCUCGAUCAUGCAAGUGAAUGAAACCUACAGCCAUCCAACUGGAUCCUAUGUUGUUUAUGCUCCAAUAGACCUUCGUAGCAUGGGCAUGGUGUUAGGUGGUGGAAAUCCAGAUUGUGUUAAUAUUUUGCCAUCAGGUUUUGUGAUCCAUCCUGAUGGGCCAGUAGGGAAUGGAGAGGAAACUAGAGGAAGUCUUCUUACCCUUGCUUUUCACAUUAUGGAUGGUUUAUCCACCAAGAACUCUCUUCCUGCUAAUACUGUUUAUACCAUUCAGAAAAUCCUCACAGAAACUGCUAUUCUGAUCAAGGCAGCUCUAUUAUCUGACCAUCAAUAA